AUGCAUCUCUGGGAAACUGGAAUAAUGAGAAUUACCAGACACCCACAGAUGGUGGGACAAGUGAUUUGGUGCUUGGCUCACACAGUUUGGAUUGGGAACUCAGUGGCCGUAGCAGCUUCUUUGGGUUUGAUCGGGCACCAUCUAUUUGGCGUAUGGAAUGGAGACCGAAGGUUAGGCAUUAGAUAUGGCGAGGCGUUUGAAGUUGUAAAGAAGAGAACAAGUGAGGUCCCAUUUGCUGCUAUUCUUGAUGGCCGCCAGAAGCUUCCAGAGAGUUACCAUAAAGAGUUUUUGCGUUUGCCAUAUUUAUCAAUUACGGCAUUGACGCUAGGCACAUACUUUGCGCACCCACUUAUGCAAGCAGCCAGUUCUCGGCUACAUUGUCCGACGACCCAAACCAUAGCGACUAAAGGAUGUAGGCUCGACUACCUAAUCCCCAACCCAACGGUCGAGCCCGACCAUCGACGGCGACAAGGAGCUGUUGCAGCUUCCUUCGGACAGCGACCGAAAGAGACACCUGUUGGUAGCGAGCGGCGAUAG